AUGUCCUCCCCUGAUCGCGGUACCAGCAGCCGCCCCGAGAGUCCACAUCGUUCCAGCUCUCAACAGCCUUCGCCGACUGAAGACGAUGAUAUCCGCAGGUGCUGGAUCUGCCAGCAAGACGAAACCGAGGACGGCGCACCCUCUAUUUGGCUUAGACCUUGCCCAUGUUCCCUUGUCGCCCAUGAAGAAUGCCUUCUCGAAUGGAUUGCCGACGAAGAACAGCCCAAGUCCGGAGAACUUGCAGUUGCACAUCAAAUAAAGUGUCCGCAGUGCAAGGCAGACAUCAGGAUAGACCGGCCUCGGGACCUGAUAGUGGGACUCUAUGAUAGAAUACAAGGCUUUGCUAGGGCUCUCAUUCUACCAUCUGCAGUCAGCGCUGUGGUGGGCUGUACCUAUUCUGGGUUUUUUGUCUACGGUCUUAAUACAAUCAUCGUUGUUUUCGGACCGGAAAAAGCAGGACAAAUACUACUAUCAGCUAUGAAGACUCCAAGCCGCUUUAAUACCACAUCUUGGCCAAGAUUAGUUCGAGAUGUACUCCACAUAGCAGAGCGUGGAUUACUUGCCAGUGAUCCAUUUAUCCCUGGGGCUUACACAUCCUGGAGACUGGGCGUUGGUUUACCAUUAAUUGGACCCACGUUGAUACUCUUAAGAACGAGGGUAUCAGAGUUGUUUUUCCCCCUCCUCGCUCCUAUCUAUUUUAUCCAACCCUCAAAUCAGGAUGUUUUCAAUUGGCCCCCGACCCCGGGUCUGACAUUUGCAACAAUACCAUAUCUUCGCGUCGCCUACUCUAGACUCUACCGAUACGCCUUUGCAGACUUGGAGAAGAAAUGGGAUCUAGCGGUCCAGCGAGCACCACGAGAAGGAGAAACUGCUGAACAGAUUGCUCAGGAUAGAAUGAACGGUGAUGCAGCAGACGGACAAGGCAAUGCUAUAAUCGAAAUUGAAAUCGGCGAGGGGAUUUUUGGCGAUGCACAACCUCCUCCCAAUCCACAACGCGUAGAUGCCGCUCAACUUGCGGAUGCACAUGCUGGACGAAUGAGAGAUUUUGCACUUCGACGGGCAGAGGGGGGAGAAGCAGAUUUGCCACCCAAUGAUGCGCCGGUACAGAAUCCCCAAGUCAAUCGGAAUUGGCAGCGAGACAUCAACCUCGCCGAUGUAGCUACCACAGCCAUAGGCGCGUUGGCAUUUCCUGUUAUUUCAUCCCUCAUGGGCGACGUUCUCAAUUUCGUAUUACCGGCUAAGUUGGUCGGCCGAGGCUUCUAUAUGAAAAUCGGGCCGAAAGGACUAUUGAAGGAGAGAUGGGGACGAACCAUAAUUGGUGGGUGUCUAUUCGUGGUGUUGAAGGAUGUGGUGACCCUGUAUUGCAAGUGGAAGAAGGCAAGGGAUUUCGGGAAGAGGAAAAUCAUUGAGUAUGUGAAGCCUGGCGAG